UUAUCUUCCGAUAAUAAUUUAAAAAACAGCUUUUUAAGAAAUAAAGAAAUUUCGAUGGUAUAAAAGAUUAAGGCAAUCUAAAAAACAGUGUCAAAAGUUAUCUUCAACUCACUUAGGGCACUCAAAAUAAUUGUUUAAAUAUGAAGCUUUUCUUGUGCUUGGUGGUAUUGGCGUUCGCUGCAGUCAAUGCAGAAACUCCGGAAGCAGAGGCCUCCAAAACAGUAAUACUUGUAAAAUCGGCACCACAACCCUUAAAGAUAAAACCAACAUUGGCUCCAUACAAGCCACUACCUCUUAAAGUAGUGAAGCCCAAAGCUAUAAUUAUAUCAGGACCACCACAACCAUUGAGACCAAAGCCAACACCAGCUCCAUACAAACAAAUAAUUAAGGUUGUUCCAGUUCCAACUCCAGCACGCAAGCCCGUUAAUAUCCAAAAGGGUGGAGCUUGGUGGGGAUAAAUCUUAGAUAAUGUCCGGAAUGGGGAAUAUAAUGUUUUAAGAUACAUGCAUACAUAUCAAAAAAAAACAUAUAUAAAUAAAUUCCUUUCUUUAAAUUAAAAUA